ACCAUAAUCUAUUCUAGCCAAGACUAGCAUUCUCUGAAAUUUUGGUUGAAAUCGGAUGAAAAAUAACAAAGUUGGUUUCUGAGGGGGGGGGGUCCCCCUUAACUACUUUGCUCGAUACAGUAGUCUCAAUAUUCAUGUAACUGAUGAUAUUUUUUUGGUUUUUGAUGUUGACAAAGGUCUUUUCUCUUUGGUUUUUAUUGCCUGACAUGAAAUUCAAAUGCCGCUUAUGUGCUUUCUAAAGGUUUUCAUUGAUACAGUUGAGUUUUUAACUUAAUUUAAUGAUGUACAGACUAUAGCAAACAUAUAAAGGAUACUCUGGGAAUCCAAAGGAUUCAUUGGGGAUCCGGAGGAUCCAGAGGAUACAUUGGGGAUCCGAAGGAUCCAGAGGAUCCCGGGAUCCGCUUUUUUCCCCCUUGGUUUAUCCAGAUGUUGAUAUUUUUUCUUCUUUGAAACCGAUUCACUGGCAUUAACUCUGCCGAUCUUCGUAUGAAUAUGUGAGUCUUCUUCAAAAAUUAAUUUGUCCGUAAAUUUCCAUACAGUAGGAUGUGAACAUUGAAAAAUACAUUCUUAAAAGAAUCCAUGAACAUUCAGUUAACUAAUUUUUUUAUCUGUUGUCAUAUGCUUACUAAUUCUUCUGUUCCACGCUUCUGUUGAGUUAUUAGUUCUCAUUUGUGAAUUUUUCGUCCGAUCAUAGACAUUCCAGUAUUUAAUUCCAAAUAAUGGAUGUGCACGUGAACCAUUAGCACGAAACCAACCAAUGUAAUUGUCUUCGUAAUAAUCCAACAUAGAUUGAAAUCGAUCGCCGAGAUGAAUACUGAGUUCGGCAAAUGCGUUGACAACAUCUUUUGGAUUAAUAAAUGUCAGUGCAGCAAUUUUAUGUAUUCCAUUAGCAAAAUCAAAAACAUCUUCAUAUUUUUUUUGUAGCCCUUGGGACUAGAAUAAAAGUUAUAUUGUACAAGUAAAUCGUUUUUGUAGGGGUUCCACUGUCAAAAUGUAGUAAUCGUACCUGUAAAUGCCGAUGUAUACUCUGGCGUAAGUGAAAAUAACAACCAGUGAGAGAUGCUUGUAGAAAAAUUGUCGAAAAUGCAUUAACCCUUUGAGUCCUGGCGACGUAUAUAUGCGUCCAAAUGCAGUUGUUUGGCAAAAGUGCUACUAGUACAUUCUUUAAUUGUUUGGAAGACCUUUUUAUCGUUUAUUUUGUGAUGCCACACUAUUACAAUCCUUCUUUCUUUUCUUUCUGCUUAUUACUAGGACACAUCUAUAUUCUAUGCACUUGAGGGUGUGGGUGUGGAUGUGUGGGUAUGGGCACAAAGAUAAAAGACACGCACACGCACACGCACACGCACACGCACCCACAACCACACCCUCAAUAUUAUCGAGUCAACUUAUUUAUUCCUAUUAUGGAUCAUUUCAUUGUGUCUUUAACUAACCGGUUUAGUGCUCAUCAAUGGAUGGCUUAUAAUGUGUCAAUUCUUGUUCCAUCAAUGAUUGAACAUAAGUCUUUCGAUGAUUUGAAAGACUCUAUUCUUUUUUACGAAGCUUAUUUACCAUCACCAAAUUUAAUUAAAGAAGAAUUUCAAUUAUACCAACGAAAAUGGCUCAAUGAGGCACUAGAAGAUCGCCCGGACAAUGCUAUUGAUGCUUAUGUUCGAUGCAACGGUACCUUCUUUCCGAAAAUCAAAGUUCUUUUACAAAUUUAUGCCACGUUGCCAAUGACAACUACCACAGGCGAGCGAAGCUUUUCAACAUUAAAACUGGUAAAAAUAUAUCUUCGAAGUACCAUGAGUGAAAAUCGUUUAAAUGGACUUGCAAUGAUGUAUGUGCAUCCAAUGAUUAACAUUGAUAUUGAACAAGUCAUCGACAAGUUCUCAAAGCGAAAGAAUAGAAAGCUGGACUUUGUUGCAUAA